ACAUCUAUGGCAGAAAUGUUGGUUGCAAGAUGGCAGCGGCUUUGCAGAUGUUUUUAUUCCUGUUUAAGUCGAAAUAUCGCCGAAAAUGUGUUUUUACGAGUGGAGUGUUUAGUAUGAUUGUAGUGUACUCAAGUGUAUUUAAUUUAGCUUCGAGUACAAACUGUACUGGUGCACAGUGUGUGAACGGGGAAUGUGUGAAUGGCACAGGUUGUGUUUGUUUUGAUGGGUGGCAAGGACCUUCCUGUCAAUUUUGUGGAGGAAAAGUGCGAUUACCAGACACAUCAGGUCAUAUACAUGAUGGUCAUGGAAAUUACUCAAUUGAUGUGAAAUGUAGUUGGCUUGUAGAUGCAGGUGGUAUACCCAAUACCACAAUCCGAUUGCAUCUCGAGGAGUUUGCCACUGAAUGCGGCUGGGAUCAUUUGUAUAUAUUUGAUGGCGACAGUGUCGAUGCGCCCUUGCUUGCUGUGUUCAGUGGUCUUAUGUACAAAGAUGGUUAUACCAUCAGAAAAAUUCCAGAAGUGGUAGCAAAGUCUGGUUCAGCUUUAUUGCAUUUUUACAGUGAUGUUGCGUACAACAUGACAGGAUUCAAUAUUUCCUAUAGAUUUAACUCCUGUCCUAGCAGAUCUUCUGCAGUGAAUUGCUCAGGACACGGUAUUUGUAUAGAUGGAGUGUGUACAUGUGAUGCAAGCUAUAUGGGUGAGGCAUGCCACAUAGAAGUUUGCCCAGGAAAUUGCGGGGACAAUGGGGAGUGCAACAUGGAGUCUCACCGUUGUGACUGUCACCGUGGCUUCAAGGGUGAUGACUGCAGUCAGUGGGAAGCAACAGGCUACUGGGAAGUAGUACAACCCAAAGAUUUUGUCCCUGUGGGUUCCGCCUCGCAUGGAGCAGUUGUUUGGAGAGAUUCAUUGUACAUAAUAGGUGGUGAAUCAUUUCAUCGUGCUGAAAUGAUAUACGUUUAUGACUUCAAUGGUAAUGUGUGGGAAACACAUCACAUGGACAGCAAGAAUGUUCCACAGCCACGUUACGGCCAUUCUGCUGUUCUUUUUGGGGAUAAAAUUUAUGUAUAUGGUGGUGUUGAAGAAAGUGGAACAAUUUCUGCAGAACUUUGGGCAUUUGAUGUAAAUGCCAAAACAUGGGAAAACAUAACAGUUCGUGCAGAGCACUGUAAUGCUACUGCUCCAAAUGGUUCUAUGCUGUGUGGUCCUCUCAGGUCCGCAGGCCAUACAGCUACCAUAGUGACAGGACGUGGUGGAAAGUCAGAGAGGAUGAUUGUUAUUUUUGGUUAUUCUCCUCAUUACGGGUACCUGAACACUGUCCAAGAAUACCAUUUUGGAACACGGGAGUGGAUUAUUGUUCGGACUUUUGGCUAUCCAGUAAAUGGAGGCUAUGGACACAGCAGUGCUCUAGAUCCCCUUACUAAUUACAUUUAUGUGUAUGGUGGUUUUGUGUCUGAAAGUUCAGCUCAAUCAGUUCUGACCAACCGAAUGUACUCAUACAAUCCAAACACCCAUAAAUGGUUACGACUGGCAGAUGCUCCAUCAGCUCGGUUCCUGCAUACUGCAACUUUCGUUUCUUCUGGCCUUAUGUUGGUGUUUGGUGGAAAUACUCACAACGAUACAGCUCAUAGUCAUGGUGCUCGUUGUUAUUCUGCUGACCUGCUUGUUUAUGAUGUUCUGUGUAACCAUUGGGAUAUCUCGGAUGCACCUCACCUACUGCGUGCAGAUCUUGCAAGAUUUGGGCAUUCUGCUGUCACAUUUGAGGGUGCACUCUAUCUGUAUGGUGGUUUUGAUGGACAGAUGCUCUCUGAUAUGAUGAGGUUUGUACCAGGAAAAUGUGAAAGUCUGACCAAUGACACUAUGUGCGAAUCAAUAAGGUUUGGAGUGAAAUGUUUGUGGAUACCCCAUGCAAACAAAUGUGUUUCUCUGUCUGCAGAUAAUUUAAUUAAUUUUAAAAAUUACAGUCUGUGCAAGGAAACUACCCAGAGUAGCUGCAGUGACUGUCAGGACUGUACCUCAUGCACAAAUACUUUUGGGUGUGAAUGGUCUAAUGAGAGUAGUUCAUGUUUACUUAGAGAUGCAGAUAGAAAAAUGCAGGUUUUACCAGCAGAUCGUUGUCCCAACCAUGAACUUGCAGAAUGUAAUCAGCUGCAUAACUGCCAGGCCUGCACUAGUAACACUCAUUGCCACUGGACUUACGAGGUGCCAUGCAAAGCAGUGGGAAAUGUUUCUGUUGUAGAACCACAGGAGUCUGUGCCAUGUGGAAGUGUCUGUGCCGAACUGACAUCCUGUUACAACUGCACUCAGGAAGAAUGCAUUUGGUGUCAGAAUGAGGGAAGAUGUGUUGAUAAAAAUGCCUACAGUGUGUCUUUUCCAUAUGGCCAAUGUCGUGAGUGGACAACACAGCAGAGUCGCUGUCGCUCACCAGUUGCUGGAAAAUCUUCUUGCAGCUUCUUCGCCACAUGUGCAGAUUGUCGAGAAGAUCCAGCUUGUGGAUGGUGUGAUGAUGGUUCAGGUACAGGUCUAGGGGUGUGCCUUCCUGGUGGAAAUCUGAGACCAGCACAAGACUUCCCUUGCCCUUCCAGCCUCUGGUACUUCACACAGUGCCCAACUUGUCAGUGUAAUGGCCAUAGCACCUGUGCAAAUGGAACAAGUCUUUGCAAUCAACCUUGUGCCAACCUUACACGUGGUCCCCACUGUGAGCAAUGUGUGCAUGGCUAUUAUGGAAAUCCAGUUAAUGGAGGAAAAUGCAGUCCCUGUGAAUGUAAUGAUCAGGGCACUGAAUGCCAUCCAGACACAGGAAAGUGUUUUUGCACAACAAAAGGCAUUGUCGGUGACCACUGUGAGCGGUGUGAUGCUCAGAAUCAUUACCUCGGAGAUCCCACAAAUAAAGGCUCUUGUUUCUAUGAGCUCACAAUAGACUAUCAGUUCACUUUUAAUUUAUCAAAGAAGGAUGAUCGCCAUUAUACACAGAUUAAUUUUAGAAAUAGUCCACCAAAGUCGGAUGUGGAUGCUGAAUUUAGUAUUACUUGUUCAGUUCUAGCGAAGAUGAACCUCACCAUGAAGACUGCUAACAACGUAGAAAAGCCAAUAUUGACCAAUCAUAAUUGUACAAGCUAUCGGUAUCGCUUCAACAAGGCUGAACAUAAUUUUGGCACUUUGGAUAAUGUUACAUUGACUACUUUCUAUGUUUAUGUGUAUGAUUUUCGGCCACCAUUAUGGAUUCAGAUCUCCUUCUCACAGUAUCCAAAGCUGAAUUUGCAACAGUUCUUCAUCACAUUUUCAACGUGUUUUUUACUCUUACUUCUUGUAGCUGCUAUUCUCUGGAAGAUCAAGCAGAAGUAUGAUAUGUACAGAAGAAGACAGAGAUUGUUUGUGGAGAUGGAACAAAUGGCAAGCCGUCCUUUCUCCCAAGUACUAGUUGAGAUAGAACAACGGGAGAAGUUGGAAGAUUCCUCAGAGUCAAUAUCCACACUUAGGAAAAAGAAAAAGGAUUCACCAAGUCCCAUAGCACUUGAGCCUUGUUGUGGAAACAGAGCAGCAGUUUUGUCCCUGCUGGUCAGGCUUCCAACAGGUGGCGAAAUGUAUACGCCUCCAGGGCAGUCAGCUGGAUUAGCAGUUGCAUCGGCCCUGGUGACUCUUGGAAACCCAAGGAAAGUGAGCAUAGAUCCCACAGGAAAAACUGAAGCAAAGGCAAAAUCUCGAAAAUCUCUUUCAAGUCAGCAUCCUGACAGCUGUAUAUAGCGUCAUAUCUUCAGCAGUCCCAAGUUGGCUAUUUCGUGAAGUUCUCAUUCAGCACUACUGUGUGCAGAGUGAGCAAGCUGUGAUAGUGUAGCAUGCCACAAGAUUCUUGCUGUGUCAUUAGUUUAGCUGAUCGUGUGAAUCAACAAACUGGUGUCUAAUCCAAAGGAUUUCUUCUGUUUUCUACAAGACAGUGUGCUAGGUAUUAAGUUUUUUAAGAAAAAAAGGAAUCUAGUCAAAAGACUAAUGUUAAGUGUUCACUUACCAUCCUAUGUGCUGGUGCAUCCCCUUUUUGCAAUCCUCUCUCCCGGUGUUAUCUAAUGGACUGAUUAGUAACUUAACGUAUUAUUAUUCUUAUAAUUAUUUGCAUUUCCUGCAAAGCAUAAGACUUCCAUUCUCUUAAGAGAAAGUGAUAUCUUUUUAUAUAAUCUAAAUGUGAAAUUAAAAUAGGGAUAUCGAACUUGAGUAAAGGUAGAUGAAAGAACAAAUUUCAGUAAGUCAAAAGACAAUUAUAAAUGUUGUCAACUGAAUACCUAUAGCUGCAGAGAUCAUUUCAGUAAUUAAUAAUGAAGAGGGAAGGUAAUUAUCCCUGGACAAGCUGGUCAGUAAUAAGAACAAAGUAUGGGCAUGAGACAUAGUGCAUAGUUUUGGUACAUGUGAUGACUGUCAGAGACAUUAAUACAGCACUCCAAAAAAUUAACUGAACUCUUCAGUACAUCAUUCUAGGAAUGACAAGAUUUGAGAGUGUGUUAAAGAGUACAACAAAAUUCCCACUCAGGGGGGAAGGUAGUGUAUAAUCAAAAAGAAAUAGGUCUAGGGAGAACAAUUUAAAAAGAAAUUAUGAAUAUUUUGUAUGUUAUACUGUGAGAAUGUGAUCUAUGAACAGUUAAAACAGGACAAAGACCAGAGGAAGGAUGUUGGACAGUUCUGAAUUUGUAGCUAGUCAUUUGUUGAAGAGAAACUGCCCAUAAGUAAUUUGAAAGAAUAUUGAAGUUGUGGACAUGGAAUACCAAACAAUCCUUGCACAUAUUAGGUGGUAAUAUUCUUUAGAUGAUACAGUUCUUGGUGAAGAGGAUGCUGAAACAGAAAUAUCACAUCUUCCGAAAUUCUUCUCAGACUUUUUGUAAAAUUUAACAUCAGUAACUGGGCAGGUGAAGGCUGUUAUAUAGCCUACUAUUAAAAAUGACAAAUUUCCUGUAAAACUUUCAUUAGCCAUAAUGAAAUUUGCAUUUCACUAAGUGUACACUUGCUUUUAAAGUGAUGUUAUUUGGUCACUUAUAAUAAGCAUACACAUUUAAAAUCUUAUGAAGUUAUGACUCACUUUGUGAUUGAUUCUGGCAUUAUUGAAAAUUUGCUUCAAAAUAAGCAGUCCAAGCUUGUAAAUUUCUGUUACUGUUUUUACUCAUGAUGAAAACCCCUUCAGUUAUGAUUCUGUGCUCUGACAUGGUAACAUACUUAUCUCCAGUAUAUAGACUCCAGUGAUGAAAUUAUCAUUUAGGGUGUAAGUUAACACUAAAAAGAUGUCCACAAGGAAGGGGAGCUGCCCACAGUCUUUGUUUUUACACUCCAUUCACUUGUGCAGUCCAGAUUACAACAACAUUCAAUUCUAAAUUUAACAUUGACAGUCACUGUUUACUUGUUUGAGGAUUACACAGAAUGCAGUUUCCACUGCUGGUCCUUCUUUUAUAUAAAAUUGCCCCCCUAUUAAUAUUAUAGUGACAGAGCACCACUGGUUUGAUUGUGUCAUGAUUGUUACAAAAGCAUAUUCCCUUGUCACAUUCAUCCACUAUAGAGUUUAAUUGGAUGUUGUAGUAAUGUGUGCCAUUUGAGAUAACAGGUGUCUUAGUGUAUAUCCUCCAGUGGUAUUCUUGUACAGUCUUCAGUUCCCUUGAACGCCUGCCAGAUUUAAAAUUUUACAAAUAGUGUGUGACCACAGUUUUCUCUAUAGUAAGUCUAGCAGCUGUUGUAAACUUCUUAUGUCUCUUUUAUAACUGAUGCGUGCAUUGUGGAACCAAGCAGGCUAAUGCUCUAAUGAAGCAGUUACAUGUGUGAGAGAUACACAAUUUGAUCUGUGAUGAGUACAGUAACAUAGACCAGACCUUUGCCCACUGCCCCCAAUAGCUGAUAAAAUUAAAAUGACUGAAACCAAUAGAAUUGGGAUAAUAUGCAAGGCAAUGUAAUAUCAUACACAUACUAUCCUACUAUGCCACAUUAGCCAGAAAGUUUUGAGGCCAUGGAAUAACUAAAUGAAGCUUUUGUCAGUAGUAAAUAGUAGCAUUCAAUAUUCCAGUAGUAGUAAGUACUCAGUUUGUGAGGUAAAUGUACCAAAUACCUUUUGUUGUGUCAGUCAUCAGGGCAAAUCUUCAACAAGUGAACAGGGUCUAUGAGUAAGUGCUUUAGGAUUAUGUCCUUUACAGAAGGUGCAGACUUGAGAUGCUGGUUGAAGUAGAGCCUGCAGUUAAAGGGGAAGUUUCUGUAUGGAAGUUGAAAUGUUGUUGAUUGUUAUGGCAGUUGUAAUGAUAUAUUGUAACAAAAAGUUACUCAAUUAAUAUUGCAUAUGAGUGCUGAUGUAUAGAGGCUCCAUACAUCAAGAGUCUUUUGGGGAACAUACCACUGUGACUAGAGUAUGUACACUCAGGCAUUUUUUCUCUAAAAAAUUAUUCACGUUAUUAUCCUCCAGGAUAUUGUGUCCCCAUAAAAACCUUGUGCUUACUUUCUCUGUCUUAUGUAAUGACGUGUCUCACUAUCAGAGCAAUGGUAUAAUUGGAUAUACGUAUGCAUUAUAUAUGCAUAUACUACAUAGCCACUUACUACUUCUCAUUGCCUGUCCCUGAUGGUAAACAUAUGUAUACUGGUGUUAAGGAAGCUUGCACCAUGAACAGCAGAUAGUUGUGUGCUCCUUAGAAGUUUACAAAAACGAGUGAAAUUUGGUAUUUGUUCUCCAAUCACAUACGUGCUCUUCAGUGCCAGAACUAUCAAUAUUUGUUGCUCUAUGUAAGGCGCUGGGGCUCGCUUUCAACUACUAAUGUCUUACAUAUCUUCUGAAGAUAUUUAACAAUAUUGUGAAAAGGAUAGUUGCUACUCACCAUAUAGCGGAGAUGUUGAGUCGCAGAUAGGCACAACAAAAAGACUCUUAAAAAAUGAGUUUUUGGCCAACAAGGCCUUCGUCAGAGAUAGAAAAAACACACACACACACACACACACACACACACACACACACACACACACACACACACACAUGGCCGCAGUCUGUGUGUGUGUGUGUGUGUGUGUGUGUGUGUGUGUGUGUGUGUGUGUGUGUGACGAAGGCCUUGUUGGCUGUAGCUCAUUUUCUGACAGUCUGUUUGUUGUGCCUGUCUGCGAAUCAGCAUUUCCACUGUAUGGUGAAUAGCAACUAUCCUUUUCAUAAUAUUGUUACAUUCCAACAUGGAUUUUCCAUUUCUGAAGAUAUUUCUUUCAUAUGUGAUUCACCAGACCUUAAGGGGAAAUUAAGUUUGUUAUCCUUAUGUCUGACACAUUUAUUUAAUUUCACCCUGUCCUCUUUCUCCUUUCACUGCUUUACCCCCAAAAUUUGUCUUUAACUGUGAUAAACUAAUUUUUAUUAUUUUACUUUUCUUUUUGUCUGUGCAUGUAAAUAUUUUUCUGUCUGUUGGUUUUAUGUUUUCAUUAUUUGUAAUAGCAUUUUUGUUAUGCAGGGUCUUGUUUUUCUUUUCCAUUUUAUUGUUUCUCUUUUGACUUUUUCCCUUGUCCUUGUCCUAGUGUUUGUCGGCAACAUAUUAUUGUAAAUGGAUAACUCUUAUUGGCUCCUAUGGUGCAUAAGUGUGGUUUCUGGCAUUUGUUCUUCAGAUGUUUCUGUUGUGUACUUAAUGUCCUAUAUUGAUGAAAUGCCUCAUUUUUGCUGCCUUCCCUCUUUUUCCAUGAUGGGAACUUUCCUUUAUACAACCUUUAGUAUUUACUUUGUAUAUUGUGACUACACAGCAUUAUCUACUGCAGUUAUGUACACAUUUGUAACUACCUUUAUUCAGUUUGAUACCUUUUCAUAUUGUUGUCACAAACUUUACAAUAUUUUUCAAAGCGGAGAGAGAUGAUAACAAAAUACUCAGUUUCAGAAAAUGAACUAAAGGAUCUGAAGUAACCAUUGAUGUAAUUAUUUAUCCUAUGAACUGUUUUUACUCUUGUAAAAAAUGAAAGUUUAUUAUUUGUACAGUCUUUUUUAAUAUAUUUUUGUAAUUUUCAAGUACACAUUUUUAUUUUUAUUUAAUGAUUUAUUUAUUUAUGAGCAUAUCAAAUGUUAUGGAAAUGGUCUUAAUGUGUUAAAUCAUAUACAUAUUCAUUAUUUGUUCCGUUUAAUAUUGUUGUCCUGUACAGUGCAUUUAAUAAGUCCAGUAUAAGGACUCAUUAUAUUGUUGUGAAAGCAGAAUUCUUUUCCUGGUACAUGCUUAUCACUAUUUUCUAGUUAAUAUUCAUAAUUUGACUAAGUUUUAUGUAUGUGGUAUUUUUUGCUGUUUUUAAUGCAUCAGACUCUGCAUUUGUUGGCAGUAUUCUGAUAACUUGUUUCAAAGGAACAACAGUUUGUUUAUGUUGGCACAAACAUUCCUUUGUACUCGCAGUACAUCCUUCCUAUGCAAUAAUUUGUUUUAGAAAUGAAGCCUUGUGUGUAAAUAAUGUUGGUUUAUAAAAUCAGCCAAUAUUAUUUGGUGGUGAUAUUUGUAUGUAAGCAUUUCACAUCCAAGGGACAUCAGACUAAAAUUAAUUUUAGUUGUCAUUCUCUUAAAUUCAGAGUAUUGUACAUUUUAGUCUUUUUUCUUCUUCCUUCUGGUUAGAAAUGUACCACUUUAAUUGCACUUUCAUGUGCUUGAACAGUAUUUGUUUAGCCCUAACAAAACUACAAAAAUGUAAAGUGCAUGUUGCCAAUCUGCAGGAAAUGUAAUGAAUGAAAUUGUGUUUUAUGAUAGUCUUUUGUAUGUCACAAACACAGUUCUCAGAUUUUAUGGACAGUACCAUGUGGUAGCCACAACAAUCAUAAUCUGUGAAAAUCAUCAUUACUGACCCUACGAACCAGGUAUUUUUGAAGCCCUGUGAAGUUGAAAUGGAAAGGCAAGGUGUAAUUACAGCCUGGAGCUGUCAUUCUGUUUGUGAAUCAUUUGCAGAAGGCAUCGUAGAAAUAGAACUGUCAGUGAACAAUGUGUAUAUGGCCAAAUCCCAUUUUUAAUCUGUCAUGAUUAAUCAAACCAGUGUUUAUUGCCCAUGAAGUAGUAAAUUUGAUUCUAAAAUUUUUGGAAUACACAUCAGUGUAAUAGAACAGUCAGGUAAUGUUUUCUUAAGGAAAGUGAAGACUGUAUGCAGACCAUAAAUUUACUUUUAGUUCUGUCACUGUUGUUAAGAGUUUAGCAGUUCACUGGUAAUUUGUAUCGAUAGAGAGGUCAUCUUUGUUAUAUUGAUUGUACAUAUCUGUUCAGUUUACUGACAAUCGAAAGCUUAAAAGAACAUUAUUCAAUAAAUAUUGCUCUUUGUUCACAUUCCACCACAGUUAGCUUGUCGUAACAUCAUUAUGUCGAUACACUUGUACACUCAGUCACAUCUGCAACACACACACACACACACACACACACACACACACACACACACACACACACACACACACUUUGAAAUUGAUUUGGUUUAGAAAAGUUUUCUAAUUUGGAUAAUGAAAAGCCUGUGGUUAACAAUAGUGUGUGAUUCAGCUGACAGACCAACAAUCAUUUUAAAGUAGUUGGACUGGUUUGUGGAUAGACACAAGUAAAUAUAACUUCUUCUAAAUUGUUUAACUCUUUAUUCAUGUGCUUGUACCUUAUAUGCAUCUGUCCACCAAUCAGAACUUCUCCUUGUUACUGUGUGGUAGUCUGUCCAGCCAGCCAUUAUUGAUUUAUGUUUGGGUAAGAGCCUUUGUGUCAGUCUAUGCUCUAUAGGCAAAACUGCACCAAAUUUAUUAUUAAAGAAGUGAUACAGUAGUCAAACAUAGUUUCCAAACAAAAACAUUUACACCAACAAAUCAUUCUACUGAAUAGGAAACAUUUACUAUCUACAUAAAUUUGGGAUGCACUUAGAAAAGUAGAGAAGUCUAAAAAGUGGGUGGUUGUGAAGGAAAGCUAUAAACAUAGAUUCAUUGAUAAGACUUUCUAAUGUGGUUAGAGAUUGGAUAAACAAUUGCCUUAUUCUUUAAUUAUGUUCUUUGAUGUGUUCAAAUGAGUUGUUGAUUCCAUAUUUGAACAAUAUUUCGAUGACCAAACCACUCCCUUUCUUCAGGAACAGCAAGCUGUGCAAUUAGUGUACUUGCUGCGUGCUCUCCAGGCAGACUGUGAAGUAUUGUUGGUGCCAUAUUUCCACUUACACCAGAGUUUGUCUCCCAGUACUGGCUACACCCUUUGAUGCUCAUUUACUUUUCUGAACCUGCAUAGUUAUUCCAUGAAAUACACAUUUUCUCAGUAUUUCCCAGCCCUGACAGAUGAGAAGGCCAGUGAUAUCUUACUAAAUAGAGUCUCAUAUCCCAAGCUUUAAGUGAAUUGGAACCUCCAUCCCAUUUUAUUAGAUUUACUUAAUCUUUAUUUUAAAACAUUCCUUACGCAUCUGCCCUGGACACUUUGCACUUUCAUCAUAAUACUGGGUACAUAAUAUUUCGUUUCAUGAUAAUAUUCAAGACAGUGCCAAAGCUGCAUUUUCCUUGUUGUUUUAGUAUAGUGUGUCAGUGAUGUUCCUUUCACAUCUCCUCAACUGUUUAAUAGUCUAAUCCAUAUAUAACCAGCCAUUUUACACACAUAUUUCAAAGUCCUAAAACAUCUUAAACAUUACUAAUAUGACUUUUAAUCUUUAUUGGUGUGAGUGUAAUACAUUUAAUGCCAUUUUUCUGUAGGAAUCAACCAGUCUUUCCUGAGACUGGGCCAGCAUAAGAUGAUUCUUAUCUUUUCUAUUUCUGUCCAACUGCGGUCUCAGACAGUGUUGAUUUUGACUGCAACACCCACUCCGUUUGUCAAUCUGUGUACCCAUAUAUGUGGAAAAUUGUUAGAAGGUGUUGUGGUUCUUUGGUGCAGCUCUCUUUGUCUGGUUGUGAUCGAACUAUAUAGACUAGAAUCUUUAGGACAGAAUUUCUUUAUGGCAGAUGAUAAUAACUGAACAUCAAACAGAGAAAACUUGAGUGAUGAUGUCUUUACUUGUAUAUUCUAUUGUAUUUUGGAGGAUUGUAAUUUUGUAGAUGGUACUUUCUGAUAAUUUUCAUCAUUAUUCAUUAUAUUACCUUGUCAUGUUACAGUCCUUGGGUCAUGAUACAAAUUUCAAAAGCUUCAGUGAUGGCUGAUAUGUAUUCCUUGAAAAUGCUGACUAUAUUGUGGCUGUGUUGUCUUCUCACUCUUCAUUUGUUCUCAGGUAUGGAAGAGACAACUAUAAAGAUUGUCAAUAGAAUGCAUAUUUGCGUUCAUUACACUAAAAAUGAGAGAGUAGUGGUGGUGAAAAACCACUUGGAGAUCUGAUUAUCAGAGUAAAUAGAUUUGAGCUUUCUCACUUUCCUCCACUUUUUCCAGUUAGGCCAGAAAUUUGACAUGGUGAAAAUGUCAGUUAUAAUUUUGAAAGAAAAAAAUUAAGAGUCACAUUUUUCAUGGAUAAAUUACAAGAAAUUGGUCUGAAAAUAGUGAAUGUAACUGUGUUGCUGCAGAUCACUGAUUAUCUAAUAGGAAUACCCCUAAUGAAAUUUCUGUCUUCAAGGGGAUCAAGAAAAUUAUAAGAUAGAUAUUUUUUAAAGGAAAAGGAAAAUUUUGUACUGCUGCAGCAGAAAGAAAUUAAUGAAGAGAUGCAAGACAGUUAUUAAACCUGAGGUGGCUGGUGGUGUUUUAAUAUUCUGAUUGCUUGUAGCAAUGUUAUUGGAAUGUGUGAAGAGAGCGAACAUUUUCAGUGUGUGAAGAGAGCGAACGUUUUCAAUUACCUUAUUAAUUUUGAUAACUAUUUUUUGUUUUCUAUAUAUUAUUGUACCUUAGUUGCAGUCCUAUCUUGCUACCAACUACAAUCCUCUCCCUCCCCCUCCCUCCUACAUGUGCGCGCGCGUGCACCCACACACACACACAUACACACACGCACACACAAAUGGUUGUUUUCCUCUCUUUUAUUUUCAUUGUUAUCUGCAAAUUAACUACCAACUGUAUUUUUGUGGUUAGUUGUAAUUGCCUGUCUGUUUUUCUCAUCAGUGCAUAUGUUAGGUAGCAAUUGCUGGUAACAAGAUGCACAGUUGUAAUUACUUUUCUGGUGGUUAGCAGUACCCUUUGCUUUGGCUCUUCACCCAGCAUCAUAUGAGAGUUCACAUUUCAGUUGAUGUUUGUCUUGUCUUCAAAGAGCUGUUAUUAUGGGUAUUGAUACUGCCAUUUUUCAAAGCAGUUUCUGGAUGUUUAUCAAGUGAAAUAAUUGAAGAGAGAGAAAAUGGAAACUAAACAACAGUGAAAUCCGAUUUUGUAUCUCAGCAGAGAUUUCAGUUUACAGAGAAUUUAACAUUUAAGCCUUGUUGAUAGUAUCCACAGUAUGGAAGACAAAUAAAUGCAAAGUUACUUGUAAGUGCCAUUAGACUAGUUGCUUAUGUUGUUCAUUGCAAAUUAUGAUAGAAAAUGCCAGUUGUACUCCAUUGAAGGACAAAAAGGCAUAUGGUGAUGUAGAACAUACAGCAUUUAUAUAAAAGACCUCAUGCCCCACAGGAAAUUAGAGAUAGUGUUAAAUUUCACUGUUAUAGAUAUAUGUGCAGGUGUAGCAGAAUGUUAAUCAUUGCAACUGCAAAAUUCUUCCUCCUCCAUCAUCAUUAGUUAAUUCUUGACUUCUGUAAACAUGUCACCUCCAGAAAGUAUAUCAAGUAUUUGGCAAAUUUUGAUAGUGAGAUGACCUCUUCAGAAGUACUUCUCUUUAUUUCCUCUUGGGUGGUUAUUAUGUGUAACAUAAAAGAGUGUGCAGUGAGUUAACUUACUGUGUAACAGUAAAAGUUUUCUAUCCACUCUGGUGCAUUACUCUGUUCUAAAUGCUCAAUAAGUCAUUUGAAGCCAUUGAGCUCACAUACACCCUUACAAAUCUUUGAUGAUGACGUCUUGUUUUCAGUUUUUCACCAAAUAUCAUAGUUGCCACAUAGGUCACAGAUUUCACUAAGCAAUUUACUUUAAAGUAAUGCUGAGUUAUUUGAAAGAAGGUAGAAAAAAUAAUGUUAAUAUCAUUUUAAUUGGGGCAGAGUAAGUGACAUUUCAUAAACAGGUUUAGUGUACCUGGAUUUUUGUACAUUAUUAAAAAUUUACAGGCUUUAGGCAUUUCCUGCAGAUUCUUCUUCAUUUUAGUCAGUUGUAUCAAACAUCAUUUUAAACAUCUAAGCACUAAUUUAAUAUGAGAACAGAAAAUUGAGGGAGUGGAAUGAGGGAACAAAAUAAUAAUAUAGUGGAGGUGCUCGCCUGCAUAGCAUUCAUUUAUUGCUGGAGUUGUUUAAGAGAAUAUUUUGCAGUGUAAAAAUUAUC